AUGGAUGGUGAUCGAGCAUCGGCGGCUCGCAAGCUGCCACAGACAGCUGCCAACUUCUUCGUGGGACCAAAUUCCAGGGUGCCGCGCACGACAUUGGCUCAAUCAUCGCAUGUCAUCUCUACACCAGCAAUCAAUUCUCCCGGCCCCGCAACAUCGCCUCAUGUGGCCAGACAGAAGUUGAGAGCAUCGCCGUUUCCGAUUUCGCCGACCUUCACCAAAGAUCUGAGCUCACCUCGAAGCGCGGGCAAUCCAGGAAGCAAGGUCGCUAAAGCCGUCCACCUCUUCUCCAACCUUGCCGACGAGGCGGGAGCAUCAACUUCUAAUAGCCUAGAGACACCUGCAACAUCCUCAUUCUAUAUCGAAACAAGUCCGAAUUCGAGCCCAUUCGUCAAGUACCUUCCGAGCUCUCAGAAAACAAAGCCCUCGCCUUCAACGAACGGCUCCUUGAUCGCUGGAUCUGAGGUCGACGUCUUGCAUCGAAAUCUCACAGAACAACAACACAAUGGUGAGGCGUUUCGAGAGAUCAUUCCCGCACCAGGCCCUGUCACUCUUCAUCCCCAGUCUGCGACAGGCACAGAGUGUUACCUCCCUCCCUUCGACACUUUAGAGGACACACUGGUCAUUCCUGCGUCGGCUUUCUCAGAUCUUACUGCUUCCCUAGCUAUCGCUGCUAACGAGAAGACGGAGAUCUUAAAGCAGGAGAAGGACAGUCCCCGAAGCGAGAAAGCAAGCUCGCAUGUACAAGACGAGGAAUGUUUGACUCAAGCCGACCAUAGACCUGGUUCACCUCCUCCACGGGAGAUUGCGAAUAUAUUGAUCGCGCAGGCGACAUCUCAUCGAUCUUCGCGCGCAUCGAUGUCAAGCGGCGAUACUAGGCUGCCUGCCACUCCACGAAGCUCCAGGGAUUUCGAAGUUCAGGAGAGCAAGCUCUCUUGGACAGCACAUCGAGCUCUGUUGGGCGAGCUAGAGCUGUUGGACUCUCCGCCUCACAUUGACACCCGCUGCCAUCAGAACGGUAUCGAAGGCUCCGAUAAUCGUCGUCAUCAGACGCUCGUCGCAAAUGAAGCCCUAGCCGGUGACAUUCCAGAAAUCUGGAAGCCCUCGCUCGAUGACUUGGAUGAGACAUCACGCAGUCCUCUUCAACAAGAGGAGGGUGGAGACACUGCGUCGCAUCAAGCCAAGAGAGACUCGUCCCUCCUCAGCAAGGAGAGGGUCGGACAAGGCGUGAACCAGCGCACCCAGACGCACCCAGCGCUGCUUUCAGAUCGCUUGACGUGGCAUUCGCAAGAUGACCUGCAAGACUCAUCGGAUAGUGAUCGAUCCGUGGCAAACGGCGCAAUGCUGUUCGACCUGAUCGAUAUGGUCGAUACGCCUGCCUCUCCGAUAGAUAAUGCAAGAUCGAGAGACUCGCGCCUCAGUAGGACUGCGAUCUGGAUCAAGUCCACUAUGAACGAGUUCGGAUCCAUCCCGGAGCAACCAGCUAGUCCGCAUAAAGGCCAUGAUGCCCCGACACCACUGUCACUCGUAUUGACCUCAGGUACGACAGCAAGGCCGGCUCAAAUUGAGCACCAGCGGAGCCUCGAGACUCUUCAACAAAACGUCUUCGAAGAGGAGGCAGCCUCUGUCGACCAUAUGACGGACGGUCGCUUUUCGACGAGAGAGCCAACUCAUGGCCCCGAUGGAGAUCCUGUCGCAGCCGAGAUCAGAUCCCUUGACUCGAGGCGUGAUCCAGGCCGAUCCUUAUUACCUCACAUAUCGCCAGCGCAGCCAAACCGCGAGAUUAUAGGCAGGUCAUUUUCUCAACGGGCCCGUGCCGGACAGCAGGCAGUAGAGAAGGUCAGACGGACUCCUGGUCGUCUCAAGAUACCGGAAGCUCGAAUCUCCAGCUCCACACGUCAACGCCGAGACAGCUUGAAACUGCUUGACUCGCGUCGAAACCAGAAUGUAGCCGGAGACGAGCGGACUACCUCAUUACGUCUAGACACGUCAAGAUCGCGACAUGUCGCAGAGACGGGUCGCAAGAACGCUGUCACCAACAUGCUGCACUCGUGGUCAGCCACAAAAGACGAGCCGUCGAUCCAGGCUGUCUCUUCAGAUCAUACAAAGCACCACGUCGGUCGAAUGGUCGAGGAUUGGGACGGUGUCAAUAUGGCAAGUGACGACGAGGAAGUCGCGUCGGUGGCGACGUACAAGCGCCUGACCCUGAGGCGCACGUCAGACUUUGCUGUGCACACCACGCCUCGUCGGGAGUCACGUCCGCUUCCAGGGAAGCUGUCGCGAUUCGGAGCGGAAGCACCCACCACGCAGACGACCCCAAGACGUGAGCGACCACUCAUGCGACUUCGUUCUUCUCCAUCCUCUCCAGUCGUUCAGAAAACUCCUCUUCAGCCUGGACGGCGCACAAGGCCGGCUGGAACGAAAUCGCCGCCAAGUCCUCCAAGCCAUGGCAAUUGUCCAGCUUACCGGAAUGGAACAGUCCAGCAAGAUACAUCUGACAGCUCAGACAAGCGGAAAUGUGACAUAGUCAGGUCCGGUCUCACUCUUCCUCGUGAGAGCGCACUCUGCACUGACCUGAAAGGCUUGUUUAGCGAUGCUCAGGAUGGUAAGCUUCGAUCACCUUUGCGUCCGAGCGACAAUCCUCUUGCGGACACCGCAACGCAGCAAGAAAACGUGUCCGUGACGAAGCGCAAACCGCCUACAAGGACUCUAAUCUCGGGCCACGAGGAAGCCUCGUUCAGACCAGCGAAGGUGCAAACGUUGAGCUCCGCGUUCAGCACACCGAGACGACUGGCCGUCAGCACCGUCGAGACCUCCCCUCGGACGAUCGUAUCGGAGCUGUGGACUCCUGCACAAAGCAAUCCUGCAGGCUCUGCCUUGACAGAUGAGACUAGGGUCAGCAUUCCUGAUGGAUCGCAGAAAGCACCUCUUGCCGAAGUUCGCCCGGGACAGAGGUCCUGGGAUUGCUUGAGACAAUAUCAGCGAGCGAUUCCACGUCGUGUUCUGUCCGACUCAAGUCGUCAUGGCGCUCGAUUCAACAGCCAAGACCAACAUCUGGCGUCACAUGAUAGCACGAGUCAUCUGCAGCCAAGGCCUCAUUCCACUCCCCACGAUCAUCGUUUCCUUGCCAACACAACGCUGGGAGCGCGCCACAAUCGCAGACGACCAAGCGAUCCUCCGAGCGGUCUGAAGCAAUCGAACUACCAGCGACAGCGCACGGCGGCCGCAUCCGAAAACAUAUCCGACACCAGCGUGCCUGGGUUUGAGAUCAGUUUCCAGCUCACAGAGCCGCAAAUGGCGCCCGACGUCCAGCAAGGCACAUUGUUGGAAUUCGGCCUGCGUGUCCACAUCAAGCCGAGCAGGAGCGCACCAUUCGACGAGGCUUGGACGCUGAGACCCCCUUCUCAGGCGUGUGCCGACUCAAGCAUCGGCUCAGCUCGCCGGGAAGCCUCGUCGUCCCGCUUGCCGCAGUACGAGUACGACAAUCUGAGCGCGAGCGACAUGAGCAGGGUGCAAGAAGAGGCACAAGAGCACCUUCACCGCACAAUCACAGUGCCAAAACAGCGCGCAUCUCGUAUCAAUGCAGGCGGGGUCGCAACUCAACCCUCGGAGUACACCGAGCUCGAUCCCGACUUUUCCUUCCACAGCACAGCGGUCUCAGACACAGCGGAUUCACCCAACUCGAGAUCGUAUCUCCGAGCGAUGAGGUUGACAGGCUCGCAGCAGUUUACCGGCUCGCGUUCCGUCGGAUCAUCCAGCAUCGUUGAUCAUGAUCGAGUGUGGGUUGCCAGUCGCCGGACAGCCGCACGCAGACCCAUUGCGUCUCCCGGACUCGCAUCUCCGCUUCCGUACAUCAAGCGUGCACCACCUAGAGCAGCGUCCUUGUCCGCUGUCGCUUUGCAUUCGUAG